AUUUCAUUACCUGGUAAUUAUUACUAUUUUUCAAUAAAUAUGAAAGUCUAUUUAAGAAUUAUAUGAAUAUUCAGCAAUUAGUUAUUUCCACACGAAAAGUAUGAAUCUUCAUUAUCAUUUUUACAUCUCGAUUUUUCUCGCAAAUUUUUUGAGAGAGUUCUCGAUUUUUUAUAAAUCUUUAUCACUUUGAUUCCCCCCCCCCCCCCAAAUAAUCGCCAAUUACUCAACACCUUUCACAAAUCUAGAUGAAAUUACGCUCCUCAAAUCAAAUCGUCCAGAUCAUCACGCAAUCUCACAUAAAGUGAGAGAUUAUCAUCACCACUGGUCCGUAUUUAACGUACCCACCACUGCAUUUGUCACUGCAUUUCCACCAGAAUCAUCAUGGAGUGGUUGAGCCUUCUCCUAACGGCCUUUGUCGCCUACUUUCUCUAUCACCUGUACCAGUUCCUCUUCGGAAAGGAAAUCCUCUACGAAAAAGACGGAAUUCCCCACGUGAAACCUAUGACCGCGCUGGUCGGUUUUAUCUUCAAUUUUGCCCGCGGUAUAUCCGUAUCAGAGAGCAUCAGCCAAUUCUACAAUGUCAACGAGAAUGUCAAGUACGUGUCAACAAGAUUCAUGAUGACAUCAGCGCUGAUGAUCCUCGAUCUGGACCUCGCCAAGGAGGUAAGCAUCACGGCCUUCGAUCAUUUCGUCAAUCACGACGGCUUCAUCAUGCCCCGGCACGAGCCGAUCUUCGGCAAAAAUCUCUUCUUCCUCGAGGACAACAAGUGGCGAGAGGUGAGGAACCUGUUGACUCCUGCCUUCACAUCCAGCAAACUCAAAGGUAUGUUCAAACUCAUGUCCGAAUGUGCUACAACCUUUGCGGACUACCUUGCAGAGCAGUCCCAUGAAAAGCCUAUCGACAUCAAUUCCAAGGACGUGUUCUCUCGUUACGCCAAUGACGUCAUUGGUACAUGUGCUUUUGGGGUGAACGUUGACUCGAUGAGAAAUCCAAAUAACGAUUUUUACGUUAAUGGACGAAAAGCAACGAAUCUCGGAGGAUUCAACCUGGUGAAAAUGUUUCUUGCCAAGAGACUUCCGAUACUUCGUCAAUAUUUUGACAUGAAAAUCGUCAGUGAUGACAUUGAAAAGUUCUUCACUGAACUGGUGAAGGACACGAUCGCGACGAGGGAGGCAGAAGGUAUCACUCGGACAGACAUGAUUCAACUGAUGAUGGAGGCGCGUAAUAAUGGAGACGUGCUGACCAUUCCGGAGAUGACGGCGCAAGCGUUUGUCUUCUUCUUCGGGGGUUUCGAGUCGACGUCGACGUUCAUGUGCUUCGUGAUGCAGAUGCUGGCGGAGAAUCCGGAGAUUCAGGAGAGGCUCCAGUGCGAAGUGGACCAGCUCUUCGAUAAGGAAAGAGACGAUCCGUCGUACGAGGCUGUCAAUAAUAUGGUUUAUCUGGACGCUGUUGUCAAUGAAACCCUCCGGUUGUAUCCCAUCAACUCGAUGAUGGACAGAGUCUGCUGCAAGGAGUACGAGCUACCCUCACCGAUGCCCGGGAAACAGCCGGUGAUGCUGAAACCAGGGACCGUUCUGUGGAUACCGUAUUACGCGCUUCUGAGGGAUCCGAUUCAGUAUCCUGAUCCCAAUGUCUUCAAUCCCGACAGAUUCAUCAGCGGGGGACAGACACUGACAAAUGCUGCUGCCUCCAUUGCAUUUGGCCUUGGACCCAGAAUGUGCAUUGGGAACAGGUUUGCGAUAAUGAAGAGUAAAGUACUGUUGGCUCGUAUUUUGAGAAAGUGUUCGGUUAAGCCGGGGGACAGGAUGCUGACGCCUGUCAAGCUGGAUGUCUAUACUUUUGAAAUUAAGGCACGAGGUGGCUUCUGGCUGAAAGUUCAGGCGAGAGGGAAAUCAAUUUCUGUUCAGGAAAAUAAGUGACGAAAAAACUAAUCGAUCAAGUUAGCUCGCUAAGCGAUUACGAUUCUGUUGAGUUGCUGUGGUAAUUGUAAUUUUUUUUACUUUUUUGAAAUCUAGAUCUAGAAUUUUUACGUGUGCCGAAGUAUCGGGGAAUCGAUGUUGAAGGUCAGAGAUUAAAAUCGAACGAAAAGAGGAUCUGGAUAAUGUUCGAUAGAUAAUAAAAUAAACAAUGAUAUAAUGAGACUUGUACAGAAGUGUUGUAAUAAUCACAAAAGAAAACAAUUUCUCUCAUUGAAAUACGAUAACAAAAUGACGACAAAGAAAUCAUGAAAUCGAUAAUUGAUUUUUUGAUGAUUUUUCGACGCUCAUGUCUUGAUAGAAUAAAUAAAAUGAGAAUUAUUAUUGUCAUUCCAA